GGCGGACAAACUGCGCCUGCGCCGAUGCUGCAGCGGACAGCCGCUCUGCCCCCUUGCAACUCUUUGGUGCAAGAGCCCGACGAUUUCCCUUUUUUAAAAGAACGAGAGCGCGAAAAGGAGAGAAAACGGGGGAAAAAACCGGCGGCGGGCUUUGAAACAUGCCGAAGCCGCCGCAGGAAGGCCCGAACCCUUUAUUUACGCGAUGGCUGCAAGAAUGGCGCGACCAGGCCGCGGAGAGCGGCCGUCUGAAGAGCCAACGCGCUUAUGAACGGGCGCUGAGCUCUCUCCGCAAAUAUCCCCUCCCUUUGCGCAGCGGCUGUGAGGCUCGGAUCCUGAUGUAUUUUGGGGAGAAGAUCUGCCGUCAGCUGGAUGAACAGCUGGAGAGACACCGCAGCACCCAGGACGCUACAGCGCUGGCCGGUAUGGAAGGAGAGAGGCCUGGAGUCACUACAGGUGGGCCAAUCCCAACUUCUCCGUGGAAAAGUUGUGAAGAUGUGGACCAUCCAACUUCCAGCGACAGGCCGGUGUUACAACCAGCUCAGCCCUCUCUGGAGCCAGUUGAACAUCAAGAGCAAUGCUCAAAGUUGAGACCGUUGAAAAAGCAGACUGUUCCACGGCAGCGGGCCCGGACUUACAUGCCAACUCGGCGUUCUCCGGCUUAUGCGGUUCUGUUGGCACUCUACAAUCACACCGUGAAACCUGAUUCCCGGGGCUAUCUGAGCAAAGCAGAGCUGCAGAAAACUGCUCAGCCGCUGUGUGAUAAAUCUUUCUUUCUGGCCGAUUCUGGAGGUAAGAGCACCGCCUGGUCUAUUGUCAGCACUCUGAUUCGCAAGGAGCUAGUCCUCAAGACUAACAUCCCAGCCAGAUAUUCUCUGACCGAAGCAGGGCUGACCGUUGCCCGGGAGCUGCAGGCCUCUGAAGAACUGAAGGAAGACCAUUCCAGCACCCCAAAAACCGCAGCACCCCAAACAAGAGAAACCGCUUUGGAGCAAAACGACGGAAGCUCGUUGGGCUCAGAAAUUUCAGCCAGCAGCUCCACCGGCAAAUACAGCUGUCAAGAGCCGAACUCGGGGCUGUCCAAAGCCCAGUUGGUUUUGCGACCUGGACAAUUUGACGUGAUUCUUUGCGUGGAUUUCAUCGAGACGACAGGCGGACCUGCCUCCCGUAAACAGGAGCUGGUGCGCGAACUUCAACGUCACAACGUCCCGUUUAGCAUCCGGAAGCUUCACGUGGGGGAUUUCCUCUGGGUGGCCAGAGAGAGGAGGAGCCAGGUGGCAGAGCAGUUGCCACCAACCACGGUUCGUGAGCUGGUGUUAGACUACGUGGUGGAACGGAAACGGAUGCCGGAUUUGUGUGGAAGCAUCAUCGACGGUCGCUUUCGGGAACAAAAGUUCCGCCUACGACAGUGUGGUCUUUCCCACCCCGUCUACUUGGUAGAAGAUGCGAAUUCCGUGCAACAUCUCAGUCUCCCCGAAAAGACGCUGCAACAAGCGAUUGUCAACACUCAGGUGGUAGAUGGCUUCUUUGUCAAACGUACUCGUGACAUUCGGGAAUCUGCCGCUUAUCUGACCGUCAUGACCCGUCACUUGACCAGGCUGUACGAGGACAAAAUGCUUUUGAGCUGUACCAAACAGGAACUGGAGGACGAGCGCCCCCUGCAGCCCAUGGAGGGGACCUGCAGGCUUCUGACAUUUGCUGAAUUUAACGAAGGGGCUGCGAAGAACAAGGCACAGACCGUGUACGAAGUCUUCGCAAGGCAACUGAUGCAGAUCAGCGGCCUCAGCGGAGAGAAGGCGGCUGCCAUUUUGGAAAAAUACAAAACGCCUGCCAGCCUGAUGGAGGCUUACGCUGCGUGUCCAGAUGCAGAAAAUAAAGAGCAAUUGCUGAGCACCAUCAAAUGCGGCCAAUUGCAGAGAAAUCUGGGUCCUUCUCUUAGCAAAACAUUGGCUCAGCUGUACUGUACACCCGGACCGCUGCCUUGAACAUCAAAAGGCUGUGAGAAGUGUGCGCUGGCUCUGUAUGUGUAUGUGAGAGAGAGAGAGAGAGAAUCAGAGAAAGAGAAAUAAAAUAAUGACAUUUACUGUGCUGUUAAAAAAUUCCCACAAUUGGUCACCUCUUGUAAAACACCAGGAAAGGAGCGUGCCUCAAAUCUUGCAGGCAAAGUUUUUUUCCCCAGCUUGCACUUCUUUGCACAACCCAGAAGGGGAGGUGGUUUUCAUCUCUGCCUGCACUCCAACAAACACACACAUAUACCCCUUCCCCAGAAAAGGGUUUGGACAGAUGGACGUUCCCUUCAGUGCCUAGCUGUCUCCUGUCUGAUUGAAAGCAAUCUAAGAAAUACACUCACGUGCUAAUAAAGUCCUAAGAAAAUUGUCUUAAUACUCCAAUAAAAUGUCUAGUAGUUUUUAAAA